AAUAUCCGGAUCUCUGCGUUAGUGGUGAGUGAUCUGAAUCUGAUUUUCAAUAUUUAACAUUUUAAAAACACACAGCACAGCAUGAAGUAUCCAGCCUGGCCAAGAGGGAAGAAACUGGUUCACCUGGAUUUGAAAGGUGCCCCUCCUACAUCGAAGUACCUUCACCAACUGAUCGAGCUGUUCUCUCAGCUGGGAGUGGAUGGACUUCUGGUGGAGUAUGAAGACAUGUUUCCUUAUGAGGGGGAGCUGAAGCUGCUACAGGCAACAGCUCAGCCUGCUUACAGCCACAAGGAGAUAUUAUCUAUGCAGGAAUUUGCCAAGUCUAAGGGCAUGGAGGUCAUCCCGCUCAUACAGACUUUUGGUCACAUGGAGUUUGUGUUGAAGCAUCGGCCCAUGUGGGGCCUCAGAGAGGCGCCCAACUGUGUCUGCACCCUCAAUCCACACACAGAGGACGCGCUGAAGCUAGUGAUGGGGAUGCUGAAGCAGGUGGUGGACCUCCAUCCAGGUCUAAACACGCUGCACAUUGGAGCAGAUGAGGUGUACAUGUUGGGUGAAGGUGAGCAGUCAAAGGUGGAGUUGGCUUCACCAGGAUGUACAGUGCAACAGCUUUUCCUGGGUCACGUGACCAAGGUCGCCAAGGCCAUCAAGGAAGCGUGGCCUGACAUGAACAUCAUAAUGUGGGAUGAUAUGAUGAGAGGCAUGUGCCAGGACACACUCAAAGCCAGUGGCCUAGUUGGUCUCGUCCAGCCCAUGCUGUGGGACUACACGCCUGACCUGGAUGUGGACAAAACUGUGGCUCUGCUGGAGAAAUACUACAGUGCCGGCAUGACGGAGCUGUGGGCAGCCAGCUCCUUUAAAGGCUCAACCUGUGUUUACACCUGUGUAACCCACACGCAGCGACAUGUGGAGAACCAUCUGCAGUGGCUAAAGGUGGCUGCUACCUUAUCUGCCGCCAUAAACCUGAAGGGCAUUGCCAUCACCGGAUGGCAAAGGUAUGACCAUCUGUCAGUGCUGUGUGAGCUGAUGCCGGUGGCUCUUCCUUCAUUAGCAGCCUGUCUACAGACACUCUUCCACGGCGAGUUCAGCGCUGAGGCUCAAAGCAAAGCCGCUGAGAAGUUGGGCAUCUCCUCUGUGGAAGUGGAGGCCAUGGAGAGGCGAUCUGCGGACGACCCACUGUUUCCAGGAAGGAAGCUCACCGAGUUGAUCGUGGAGCUCGAUGCACUGCUAAACUGCGAAGACAUUCGAUCUUUUGAGAACAACAUGUACGUGAGAGGAUGGCUGAGCCCCUUCCAGCGACAGAGGAGGAUGGUAUCUCCACUCAUCACCAUGCAGAUUCACAGCCAAGCAACAACCUACUUGACGACAUUGCAACAGAAGACGGACAUGUUAAGAGAGGAAAUGGUGCAAUUUUACCCAGAAUCAACGGCCCAGGAGUGGAUUGAGGAACACAUCACCCCCGUGAUGGCUCCUUUACAGCAGAUAACAGAGGAUAUCAUUGCCUGUGUAAAGGAGAUGGUGCCAUAGACUAACUUGGCUACUCAGUGUCUAAGACAAAGUCAAUAUUAUUUUUGCAAGAAGCGUGGAAAAUGUUAUAUUUGAUUGUUUUGCUUACCCAGUGGUAGUGAUUGUAAAAUGCAGGAACAGUUGCAAAGAAAGGAAUAAAUAGCAGACUCUUGGUUUAUACAAAACACCUUUAUACCAUACUUGCAAAUGUGAUAAACUACAAAAUAAAAAAGUAAAUGAAAUCAA